CGCCGCCCGGAGUUGGGCUGCUGCAGCGAGAUGACCGCCGCCGCCGCCCGCAGCGCUUUGCGGAGGGUGUUGCCCCUGCCGGCCCCGGCCCGCCGCUGCCUGGUCUCCUCCGCCGCGAGGCUGAAUGGUCCGGCCGGGGACUCGGGGGAAUUCCAGCCGCCCACCAAGCCCGUCAUCGUCGACAAGCAGGUGCCCAAGGGGCAGGAGAGAAGGUUCUUAAGUCCCGAAUUCAUUCCUCCGCGGGGAAGAACAGAUCCCUUGAAAUUUAAGUUGGAAAGACAGGAUAUGUUACAGAGAAGAAAAGUACUUCCCAUUCCAGAGUUCUAUGUCGGAAGCAUACUUUCGGUAACCUCGUCAGAUCCAUAUGCCAGUGGUAAAACCAGCCAGUUUUUAGGGAUCUGCACCCAGCGAUCAGGAAAGGGACUCGGGGCGACCUUCGUGCUUCGGAAUAUCAUUGAAGGACAAGGUGUUGAGAUUUGCUUUGAACUCUACAAUCCUCGAAUUCAAAAGAUCCAAGUGAUCAAGCUAGAGAAACGACUAGAUGAUAAUUUGAUGUACUUAAGAGAUGCCCUUCCUGAAUAUAGUACUUUUGACAUGAACAUGAAGCCUGUAGUCCAUCCUGCCAACAAAGAAGUCCCUGUUAAUGAGCUGAAAGUCAAAAUGAAACCUAAACCUUGGUCAAAACGCUGGGAAAGGCCAAAAUUCAAUAUCAAGGGCAUCCGCUUCGAUCUCUGCCUAACCGAAGAACAAAUGAAAGAAGCACAGAAGUGGGCUAAGCCGUGGCUUGAAUUUGAUAUGAUGAGAGAAUACGAUACUUCCAAAAUCGAGGCAAAAAUAUGGGAAGAAAUUGAAGCAUCACAGUCAUCUUAAUUAUGGUACAAGGCUCGUGUCAACUCUUAAUAAAUUGAGAACUUUAUAUUUA